UAUACAAGAAUUACCGAAUAUACAUAAUUAUGAGGAAUUUGAUAUAUUUGGAAAAUUAAAAUAUGCCUAAAAAUUAACAUUAUUAUUACGAAAAACGCGGCAUGGCAACGUCCCUUGAGUGCAGCAUUUUGCGACGUAGUACGAAAUGUAACAAAAAUUUACCUCAUUUUCUGCACAAAAAAAGUUAAAAAAUAUUAUCAUUGAAAUAUUUAAACCAAAACAAUUGAAAUUGAUUUUAGAAUAAAUAAAACCAACGGGCAUCGUCAGUUUUGCACUCUAUUUUGCUUUACUGCUAAAUAUAAAAAAAUUAUUAUUGCAAUGGUAAUUAAAGAUUCAGGAAUUUCUUUGUUAAAAUCUGACAACUGACAACGUUGCUCAACAUUUCUAACCUAAAAAUAUGAAUGUCAUAUGAACGGGCGGAAAAGUAAAUUAACGGAAAAGUAAAUUAAAAUAAUUUUAAUUUACUUUGUGGUGUGUUUGUGAUAUUUUGUGACUAUAUUUGUUUGACAAUUUUGUUUAUAAUGGGCCUUCGUUACUGCUGUGUUCCCGGCUGUUUAAGCAAUACGGAGACUGAUAUGGGUCUUAGCUUCUUUUCAUUCCCAUUGGAUCCAAAAAGAUGUUCUGAGUGGGUUAAGAACUGCAACAGGCAUGAUUUUAGAGCAAAAUCACCUAUAGAUUUGCAUCGAGGGUAUAGAGUUUGUGGAAAACACUUUCAACCUACCAUGUUUGCGGGAAUGUCUCAAAGCCGUCUAAAGAAAUUUGCUGUUCCAACUUUAUUGAUGUCAGACAAUUCCAUGAUGGAAGUUGAAGCUACUAUUCCUGCUGUUCCUAUUACAUCUGAAGCGGUUUCAGAAUCUACUUCACCAGAUGUAAUUGCUAUUCCAUCAACAUCCAAGGAAGUUACAUCUGAAGAUUUUUCACAACAGACACCUACAUCCCUUAGUGUGGAUAGUCCAAGAAAACAUGGGUUAAGGUUACAAAUUAGAAGUUUGAAAAGAAAGUUGGAAUUUCAUCCGAAGACUGACAAAACAAAUGUUACAAAUGAAGACUUUAUAGCUUUUUGUAAGGAACACUUCUCUUCGUCAAUGGCUAAUUUUAUUGAACUUUGCUUACAAAAUUCCUCAAGGAAAUCACAUGGAUACCGAUAUACCAACGAAUUUAAACAAUUUGCAUUAACAAUUUAUUUUAAUAAAUUUUAGGAUCAUUUACAUUUAAGUAAUUGUAUUAGAUUUUGUACCUAAUAUCACAUUGCUAGGAUUAUAUGUAUAAUUUUUACAUAUUUAUAAUAACAAAUAAAAUGUUAUUUUAUUUCAGUCAAAUUGUUUUUAUUAUA